AUGUUCGCCAACCGACCGCUCUGCAGUGUCUGUGAGUCGCGUCAUGAAGAAGUGGACGACGUUGGCUUCAGUAACCACAUGGACAAAGUGCAUUUGCCACACAGUAUCAGGAUCGUGAGGGAGCGUCUCCCUAACGGGCUGGCCUCCGUGCAACUCCUUUUGUCCAACAACCAUUCCAUCUUGAGGGUAAUCCGAUCCCAAAACCUCGCCCUCCUGGAAAGGAUUCUCCAGCAGGGCGGCGACCCCGACGAGAUGUUGCCAUUCCCCUGGAACAUUCUGAGCGCCUCCAUCAACGACGCCUGUUGGGCUGUCGUCCGUUUCCUCCUCCAGGACAACAACCUGGAUCGCUUAAACAUGGGCAAAUGCCUCCGACAAUUAACCUUCAUGGAAGUCCACCCCAUGUUCCUCGCUACUCGAACCAGGGGGCUCGAACUCUUCAAGCGGCUCUACGAACUCAACGACUGGUGCAUCCCUGCUGAAGUGCUCAACUAUAUCCUCGCGGCCUACGACAUCCACUACAUCGAACAGAUCCUCACCCUCACCCCGAUCCCCAACCUUCUCAUAUCCGCCCCGCGCAGCAACAUCACCCCCCUCCACAGCAUCCUCAUGAACCCGGACCGCAUCGUCUUCGACCGCUUCUUCCAGCUUUUCCUCGACCAAUGCGAAGCCCUCCCCCCAACCAUCGCCCACCGCCUCCCCUACUGGCUCACCAUCGAAGCCAAAAUCCCCGCCCGCCCCCCUAACCUCACCCCCUUCACCACCGCCAUCAUCUACCAAAACCCCAUCGCCGCCCGCCGUCUCGCCGAUCUCAUGGGCCCCGCCGGCAUCGCCCGCCCCAACGACCCAGGCUACACCCCCCUCUACCUCGCCGCCCGCUACAUCAACAUCGAAUGCUUCAAGAUCAUCACCGGCGAUGAACCCCGCACCAUCCCCCACACCCAAGUCACCUCCAGCGCCGGCCACGUCCGCGCCACCCAGUUCCCCAACGUCCCGGACACCGGUCCCGCAUCCAUCGAUUACAUCACACCACUCGGGGGCACAAUACUACAUGCUCUCGUGCGCGGCGCCCUCGAGAUGCAGCAUUUCGGCAAGAUUCCGAAGUUCGCCAAUGAUCUGUGUCGCAUGGCGAGCUUUUUGGCCCAGAGUGGCGCGGAUCCGCACUGUCCGCAUCCGUUUACGCAUCUGUCACCCUUGGUCGAGGCGUCGAAUCUGGGGUUUGCGGAUUUGGCGAGGGCGAUGGAUGGCGAGUGGAAGGAGGAGGAGGAGGCUGAGUCAGAGUAUCUGGAUUAG